UUUAUUUAAUUUUUGUUUAUACACAACUGUCUUUGUUAUGUACUGUGUGAACAGAGCUGUACCUAUUUACGUAAUCUGUUAGCAUGUGCUUGAGCUGUUUAUAAACUAAACCACGUGAUCGUCUUAACCAAUCAAAAUCCUAGAAAGGGACGCUAACUUAGUCAAUGUUUUGUAAUUGAAGUAGCCAGAAUCUGUAUCUUGAUCGUUUUGUUAUUACUUGAACUUUAACCUAUUAUUUACUUGUACUUUCGUUUUCAAAGUUUGACAUGUGACUUUUAUAUGUCGCUGGAUUAUACUUUUGGACAUUUUGUGAUCUGUUUUGUGAUUUAGACUGUGAUAAAUUUGUGAAAUGCCUCCGAUCAGAAAUCGCAAUCGGCCUAAUCGGCAGGAUUAUGAUGAAUCCUUACCAGAGAAUUGGACGGUAAAUAAACUUCGGCAGGAAUUGAACUUGAAAGGUAUAACACCGCCACAAAAUACCAGGCGCAGUGUUUUAGUGUCCCUAUACAAACAAGCGACAAAUGAAGAAUCGGGACAUUUGACAGACUCGAUAAGAAGUCACGUGACACCUUCACCUAGCGGACCCUCACAUAAUGGACCCUCACCAAGCCAAGACGUGAGAACUGAACUAUUGGGCGUGGUAAGAGAUUUAACAACAACAGUCCAGAGUCUCCAGAGCAGCAUGAUUUCUCUAACAGAAAGGGUUAAUAACAUGUCGAGACCACAACCAACGAUACCCGCUGCCGCUGGAAGCGCUGAACAAUUACGCCAGACCGGGGUUCAAAACACUAUGGCACGAGUUGACGUGGUAAGCGGAACUCCUCGGGAGCCUACAGAGACGGAAAACUACACUCUGUCAACAGCGUGGGCCGACCAAAAUUCUACCAAAACAGUGGGAGUCAAGACUACAUACGGAUAUUCUGCGGAAUCGUUACCCUAUGUAGAAACAAUUUCACCAAAUCUAAGGAAACAAAUUGUUGAAGAUGGACAAAUUUCGGAAGCUAGCACCAGAAGCAGACAAACAAGCUACAGCCUGUCUUCCUUACCAGGAGAUCACAAUGUAAAAGAUAUAGAGACUCUAUGGAAUGCAGCUAUUAGUCCACAGACUGCGAGAGCAUAUUCAACUGGUAUUCAACACCUUUUAACCUUUGUGACCUUGUGUGGAAUAGCAGUACCAUUAGGUACUUUACCAGAGAUCAAUGAAGAUGUUCUUAUUGAAUUUGUUUCUUAUUGUCAUUACUCAUUAAAGUUAACAUUUUCUACCAUUAAGCUGUAUUUGGCUGGCAUAAGAUUUCAUUUUCUUAAAGCUGGACACUUUAAUCCUUUUAAAGAGCAUGACAGAUUAGAUUGUAUUUUACGAGGUAUUAAAAAAAUCCAAUCAAACGUUUCAAAACCUAAAAGAUUUCCUGUUACUUAUCAAAUAUUAUGUCAAAUGGUUAAUAGAUUGAAUGGAUCAAUUUUUUCACCAUUCAUUGAUCUUAUGUUAUCUUGUUGUUCUCUGAUGGCAUUUUUUGCAUUUCUUCGUUGUGGAGAAUUUACCAUUAAGAAUAGAAAUGAAGAGCAUGAUUUCCUUAGUUUUAAAGAUGUCACAGUACAGAAAGAUAAAUUAUCUUAUUCUUUGUGUUUAAGAUGUUCGAAAACUGACCCUUUUCGUCAAGGUGUUUCAAUACAUGUAUUUAACAAUGUACAUACUAAACCAGUAGAUGUUAUGCAUGAGUACCGCCAAUUACGAAUCUCUCAAGGUGCUAAACCAGAUUCACCUUUGUUUAUAGAUAAUGAUGGUUCACCUUUGUCAAGAAAUCAAUUUAUAUCUUAUAUAAGACAUGUAAUGGCAGUUUUAGGUUAUGAUGACAAGAAAUAUUGUGGUCAUUCCUUUCGAAUAGGUGCGGCCACUUCUGCUGCUGAAGCUGGUAUUCAGGACCAUCUCAUACAGACUCUAGGGCGUUGGUCUUCAAAUUGUUAUGUUCGAUACAUAAGAACUGAUGAAAAAGUGCUUAAAGAAGCACAGGAAAAAAUGUGUAAUGGUAAAUAAUGUUAGUGUGUACAAUGUUUUUACCAGUUCAUUUGUGUUCUUAUACCUAUGUCAUUGUAUCACUUAGUUAUAGUUUUUAUCUGUUUAAAAUUGGCAUUUAUUCUCUUUGGGGGCUCUCACUCAUUAACCAAGGUUAAAUCGUUCAAUUUGGACAUUAAAAUUCCCAUAUUUGGAAUUUUUUCAUCCCCCAAUUUCAAAUAACGCUACUUAAUUAUCGACUCGUAAUUAGUAAGAAAUUUAAAUUUGUGUAUUCAACACUCCUAAGGCCUGCUGUGCUCUUACCAGGCUGUAUACAUCAAAUGAAACUUACAUAACUUACCUGCCGGGCUCCCCCCAGGUACUUUAUACAUUAAAUCAUUAUCAACCUGCUGGGCUCCCCCCAGGUUUUUAAUGGAGUACUAAAUGAAACUUACAUAACGUAACCUGCUGGGCUCUCCCCAGGUACUAUAUACUUGAAAUUAUCAUCAACCUGCUGGGCUCCCCCCAGGUUGAAUAGAGUAUACCCAUUAUUUUAUUGAGUAUCUAUGAUUGCCUGCUGGGCUCCCCCCAGGUAUCAAGCCCGGAACCUGCUGGGCUCCCCCCAGGUUCUGGGGUAACAAUCAAUAACCUGCUGGGCUCCCCCCAGGUUAUUUAAUAUGCUGUUAAGAUUAAGAGAGAGCAGCCCCCAAGAUG